AUGUGGAACCCGGCUCAGCAGGUGCUGGGGAUCCCAGGACCUCAGAAGAUCCUGAAGACGCUGGGUACCUGGUGGAUAUCGUCAGCUGCAGAUGAUAAGAAGCCGACCAUCGGAGCUUCGACAUCAUGCCCCCUGUCUGAGAUCAGUUGUCAAACGAAGUAUCAUGGCCAAGACACCUGCUGUUUCAAUUACCCGGGAGGCCAGAUGCUGCAGACGCAGUUCUGGGAUGCGGACCCCGCGGUUGGUCCCGAUGACUCCUGGACUAUUCACGGCUUGUGGCCUGAUCAUUGUAAUGGCGGCUUUGAUCAAUUUUGUGACUCCAAACGGAAAUACAGCAACAUUUCGCUGAUUCUGGUCGAUUCAGGCCGUGGAGAUUUGCUCGAAUACAUGACCGAGUACUGGAAGGACUACCGCGGCGACGAUGCUCACCUGUGGCAGCACGAAUGGGAAAAGCACGGUACCUGUGUCAGCACCCUGGAGACGCACUGCUACGAGGAUUACAUCCCCCAACAAGAUGUAGUAGACUACUUCGACAAGUCGGUCGAGGUCUUCAAACAGGUCCCUUCAUACGAGUUCCUUGCCGCGGCUGGGAUUCUCCCAUCACACAGCCAAACCUAUGCACUUGCAGAUGUCGAAGAUGCUCUGGAGCGCGCCCACGGUGCUCCCGUUACUGUGCAUUGUCGACAGGGAUCUCUCAGUGAGAUUUGGUAUCAUUUCAAUAUUGCAGGAAGCCUGCAAACAGGAAAAUUCGUUUCCGCGCCCCCAGAUGGACAAACUUCCAACUGUCCCAGGCGGGGCAUCCGCUAUCCGCCCAAGCGAUCAGCGCCCGAGCCGACAAAGACCACUACGUAUGUGCCAGAGCCCACGCAGACCGGAGCUCCCUUUUCAGGCAAGGGAAAUCUGAUGGUGUCCACCCUCAACCAGAGACGAGGCUGUAUCAUCAGCUAUGGAACCUGGUACGCGUCUGGGACAUGCGCAACUUUCCGCGCAAAGAAGGCGUCAGAUGAUACCUUUACUCUAAAGUCUAGCAAGGGCCUUUGCGCAUUUGAAGAUGAUGCGUUGAACUGCGGUAGUCAUGUCACUAGGGCAAGUGAAUUCGCGGUCAAAGACGACAAGCUCACAUACCUUGGCAACACGACUUUCUACGCCGACAAGGCCCCCAAGGGCCAGGUCCAAAGCACCGUCUUUGCCUCUCAGGCAGAGCAUUUGAUUGAAAUAGAAAUUACUUGGAAGUCAAAGGAUGCAUUCUGA